UCUUUAACCCUAACUCUUAAUUACAAUUACAACUCUCUCUCUCCUCUCUAAAUUCAUCCAUUCCAGCUUUCUACCCAAAACUCAUCCAAUUAAACCACAAUUACAGAUUUCCAGCAUCAAAUCACCUUCUCCGAUUUUCAGAAGCAGAUAAAAGAGUCAAAGAAAACGAUUGCGGCCAAAUCAAACUCUUUUCGACACCACAAGAAACUUCGAUCUUCCACAACAUUCGAAGGUAAUCUCAAAAAAGUUUCAGAAUUUAGGGGUUGGAUGAUAUAAAUUAGUAUGAUGCCCUCAAAAAUCGCGGAUAUUCGACUUGUUGCUUCACACCCAGAAGUUUAUGAACCAUGUGAUGAUUCAUUUGCUCUAGUAGAUGCUCUUCUUUCUGAUCGAGCCAAUUUAUUGCAACACCAACCCACAUUAUGCUUAGAAAUUGGUUGUGGUAGUGGUUAUGUGAUCACCUCUUUAGCCCUAAUGCUGGGCCAAGAAUCUAACAAUGGCAUACAUUAUUUAGCAACUGAUAUUAACCCGGACGCGAUACAAGUGACCUCCGAGACGUUAAAGGCUCAUGGGGUUCAUGCCGAGGUGAUGUUAAUGGACAUUGCCUCGGCAUUGGAGAAUCGACUUGCUGGGGUGGUGGAUGUGGUUGUUGUUAACCCGCCUUAUGUACCGACCCCUGAGGAUGAAGUGGGGUGUGGUGGGAUUGUUGCUUCGUGGGCGGGAGGAGAGGAUGGGAGGAGUGUGAUUGAUAGGAUAUUGCCUGUUGUUGAUAAGCUUUUGUCUGAUAAGGGUUGGUUGUAUAUGCUUACUCUUGCUGCUAAUAAGCCUUUGGAGUUGUGUGGGUUGAUGAGGGAAAAAGGUUAUGCUUCGAAGAUUGUAGUUCAACGGUCUACAGAGGAAGAGAGUCUUCAUGUUAUUAAAUUCUGGCGUGAUCCUGAGAGUGAAGUGUCAGUUAAGAAGGCAGCUGCAAAGAAAGGGAGUCCUACGUCAGUUUUCUCUAGGUUUUCACGCUUCUCGUUUUCAGGGAAUGGGAAUGCUAACUCUAAUAAGUGAUCAAUUUUGCGGCUUAUAUCUGCAGCCAAAGGAAUCUGCAGUAUGAGAUGAAUUGUCUCUUGAGCUGCAAAGAUCCCUUUUGUCAGAGGGCGGAUUAGGGGUGAUUGGAAAUUGUUGCAGCGAGUUAUGAUAAGUCGUUUAUAUCUGGUUUAAUUGUAACUGAUAAGUGAUUAUCUUGCAAAGAUCAUGUUCUUUGUGUAGGAGAUAAGGAAUGCAGGGGAGUAGAGUUGCUUGCAUUGCCUUUGAGUAGCUGAAACUUAAAGCAUCUACAAUGGAUUCCCACAUCAAUACGGUUGGUGACCAUGUUUGUGAUUCGAACUCUGAAUCAAUUUUGUAUACAACAGAAGAAUGAGCGUAGGGAAGAUAGUAGUGGCUCUUAUUACGAGAGAAGGUUGGUGAUGUUGGAGAUUCGUCGGACCAAAUGUUUUCCUCUGUUCUUCCCUUUUUGUGCAAACUUGUCAAGGGCGUGUAUUAUGGAUCUGGAGUAUUAGUUUAGGUUAGUCUCGCUUCAGCUAUCUUCCUUCCCCCCUUAAAAUUUUAAAGUAGUACAUGAAGACUAGUUUCACUACUUAUUUGAGAUAAAUAUUACACCAUUUCUGAUGUACUAGUUAGUAUGAAUUUUUUUUGAAAGGUAGCUGGUAUGAAUUUACUCUGUCCAAUUAAAACCCGUUGAUCUAUCUUCUCCAUUUUGUUUCCUGUAAUUAAACCAGUCAUAGUAAACGUUUAAUAAUAUGGUGCUUGGAGAAAAUUUCAGA